GGCCCGGCGAGCGGUGCCACUGCCCCUCUCCGGCGCGUCCUCGCAGGUCCCCCCACCCCCGCUAGGUCACCGCAAUCUGUCCCAGCCACGAACCGACCCCGGGGGCCGUGAGACCAAGGGUCGGGGCGGCGUGGGGAGGCCAAGGGGCUGCAGAGCUGGUUCCCGGAGGGUGGGGGUCCAGGCAGCCUUGGGGAGGCGGGAGAUCGCAGCCCCGCAAGCUGGAUGGACCGUCCUGGAGUCCUGGCGCUCAGCCGAGUGUGCGGGGCCAGGCUGUGGACCCUCGGGGCCUCCUGCCCAAGCCUUGGCUGCCCACGGGGUCUAGCCCUCACCCUCCCAGCUCCGAUCACUAGGCUGGGGCAUUUCUUGGGGUUCGCACCACCCUAGCCUCGAAGCCAGUAGCAUUGGAAUAAUAGAUUCGGCCAAGUGUGCCCUUCCCCUAUAGGGCGAGGGGAGCAGAGCGUGCGUGGGUCCUCCGCAGCCACCGAUGAUGUCUCUGCAGGGUGGGCUUGGCCGCGGUGCCCCCCCACUCUCGGGAGGAGGGCCCAGCGAUGGAUGCGCUGUGACCGUGCCGCCUCCAUGUGGCUGCUGACGGGCCCAGGGGGGGAGCAGGCAUGGGGCGCGGCCGCGCCUCCCUCCCACCCCUGCUCGCGGACUGCUGGCUAGGCUAUGAGCAGACGUGAGGGGCCAGCCUCCCGCCCGGCUCUGCAGGACGCUGCUUGGCACCCGCGCGUCGCUCCCUCCGCGCCCGGGCCAGGAGCGGCUGUGCGCGGGGCUCCGAGGCCGGGCGGGCGAGCGCAAGCCCCCGGCUUCGCUAUGGGGCACAACAACAGCUGGGUGUCGCCGAACGCCAGCCACCCGCGCAACACGUCGGGUGCCGAGGCUGGCGCCAACCUCAGCGCGCUCGGGGAGCUGAGCGAGGCGCAGCUGUACCGCCAGUUCACAACCACCGUGCAGGUUGUCAUCUUCAUCGGCUCGCUGCUCGGAAACUUCAUGGUGUUAUGGUCAACUUGCCGCACAACCGUGUUCAAAUCUGUCACCAACAGGUUCAUUAAAAACCUGGCCUGCUCUGGGAUUUGUGCCAGCCUGGUGUGUGUGCCCUUCGACAUCAUCCUCAGCACCAGCCCUCACUGCUGCUGGUGGAUCUACACCAUGUUCUUCUGCAAGGUUGUCAAAUUCCUACACAAAGUCUUCUGCUCUGUGACUAUCCUCAGUUUCCCUGCCAUUGCCCUGGACAGGUACUAUUCAGUCCUCUAUCCUCUGGAAAGAAAAAUAUCUGACGCCAAGUCUCGGGAGCUAGUGAUGUACAUCUGGGCUCACGCAGUGGUGGCCAGUGUCCCCGUGUUUGCCGUGACCAACGUCGCCGACAUCUAUGCCAUGUCCACCUGCACGGAAGUCUGGAGCAACUCCUUGGGCCACCUGGUGUACGUUCUGAUCUACAACGUCACCACGGUCAUUGUGCCUGUGGCUGUGGUGUUCCUCUUCCUAAUCCUGAUCCGGAGGGCUCUGAGUGCCAGCCAGAAGAAGAAAGUCAUCAUUGCUGCGCUGAGGACCCCACAGAACACCAUCUCCAUCCCGUAUGCCUCCCAGCGGGAGGCUGAGCUACAUGCCACCCUGCUCUCCAUGGUGACAGUUUUCAUCCUCUGCAGCGUACCCUAUGCCACCCUGGUCGUCUACCAGACCGUGCUCAAUGUACCUAACACUUCCAUCUUCUUGCUUCUCACUGCCAUUUGGCUGCCCAAAGUCUCUCUGUUGGCCAACCCCGUGCUCUUCCUCACUGUGAACAAAUCCGUCCGCAAGUGCUUGGUUGGGACCCUGGUGCAGCUGCACCACCGGUACAGUCGCCGAAACGUGGUCAGUACUGGGAGUGGGGCGGCUGAGGCCAGCCUGGAGCCCAGCAUGCGCUCUGGCAGCCAGCUCCUGGAGAUGUUCCACAUCGGGCAGCAGCAGAUCUUUAAGCCCUCAGAGGACGAGGAAGAGAGUGAGGCCAAGUAUCUUGGCUCAGCUGAUUGCCAGGCCAAGGAGGUACUCACCUCCUGCCCAGAGGGAGAACAGGAGCCGCAGCAGGUACCCUCUGUACCACCUCCAGGCACAGUGGACUCUCCAUCUCAGGUGGCCCCGGUAGCCCCUGUGGAACAUGGGAUAUUCCCCGAUAAAUAUUCUCUGCAGUUUGGCUUUGGGCCUUUCGAGUUGCCCCCUCAGUGGCUCUCUGAGACCCGAAAUAGCAAGAAGAGGCUGCUUCCCCCACUGGGCAAUACCCCAGAAGAGCUGAUCCAGACAAAGGUGCCCAGAGUAGGCAGGGUGGAGCGGAAGAUGAGCAGAAACAAUAAAGUGAGCAUUUUCCCAAAGGUAGACUCCUAGCGAGGAUUGUAAGUGCCUGGAAGCAACAGGGGGCUUAUGUAUUCCUGUUCUUCUGCACUCUGGCUGCAAGCCACUGUGGGGUGACUCCUCCUGUCUGGGCAAAAGGGAAGUUUACAUAAAAUCCCGUGUCCUCUUUAUUGAGGGAGUAUAUAUCCAUCUAUCUUAGUGAUCUGUGUCCUUAGUCAGACCCACUGUGAGCUGGACAGUAUGGAACAGGUCUGAGGGUCCUUCAUAUUUUCUGGGGGGCUCCUCCUUUCCCUGUGCAUAGGAAAGAACCCAAAGGGAGCAGGUACUCAGAGGAGGCCCAAGAUAAUUAUGGGCUGCAAUGGCCACAACGGUGAAGUUGGUUUGGUUUUUUAAAUUUUGUUUUAAUUUUUUUGAGACUGGGUCUCUCUAUGUAGCCCUGGCUGUCCUGGAACUCACUAUACAGACUAAGCUGGCCUCACACUCAGAGAUCCACCUGCUUCUGCUUUCUGAGCGCUGAGAUUAAAAGUCUGUGCCACCAUGCCCAGUGAAGAGCCUAUUUGGGUAACUAAAUAGGAGUAACAAAUAGGAGAAGUUUCUAUACUGAGAAGUCGGAGCCACAGCAUCCAGUGGUGUUCCUUAGUCAGUCAUCUGACCCGUUUUCUAACCCCUUUAUCCAGUUUUCUGGUCAUAAAUGGGGGAUGACUGGUCCCACCUCUACUUACCUUUACAUCCUGUUGGUAUCACUGAGGCCUCCAGCAAAUGUACCCGCUUCCACCAGUUACCAGUAGUGCUGCCUAGAAAACACUGCCAGCCCUUUGCUGGGGGUUCCGCUUUACCCUGUACUUGAUGAACAGCAGGGAGGAAAGCCUUGUAGUGGAGAAGACAGUCUGAGAAAUGCCCACGGCACAGUCUUCUUUUCUCCCACAUGACCUAGAACAAAAGACCAGAGUCGCUGUAGUGGCGUGUAUUGAGUCACUUACAGGAGUGAAGUAACAUAGGCAGAUGUUUGGAAUUAAAAGGUGCUGAAAAAAUUGCAGGUGACAUGUACCGGGUUCUUGGGUGCCGUUGAGGUAAAAAUACUUGAUUAGGACAAGUGAUGCUGCCCCAAGACUUGUUAGUCUGACGCAGAGAACAGGCCAACCCUCCGGUCUCAUUUUCAGUGUGCUGUAUGAUUCUGGUUUCCACACCCUGGUUGAUCGCUUCACUCCCAUUCCCCAGUGGUUUCAGUGUGGACCAUGGUGGGUGGGAGAGAGCGCUCUUCUCCACAGCUCAGUGACCUGGUUCUUGUGUGUGAUCAACAGUGGUGGGAUUGAUCUCCUAGGCCAAGUUCAAACCCAACCCUUCCCCCUUACAGCAAGUGGGCAGCUCUGCUCUUCUUUUUAGGAUAUUUUGCUCUUGUUGAUGAUACUUGGUGGAGCCAGUCUGGUGCCUUGAGUGGAUGGGUGUUCCUCACUGGCAGACUUCUACAUCUCAAAGGCAGUGCUCCUAGCAGCCCCUGUUUUAGCCACGCUGGCCCUUGUCCCCUAGGAGGACGCUCAGUCCACGUGUAAGGCAUCUCCUUUUCUGUUGUGUGAUGUCCUGUGAUUCCUGAGUGUGACCCCAAACACCUUCUCCUCCGAGAGGGACCGCCUUCCUCUCUGUUUGUCACCCCUCAGAGUUGUUCGCUCACAGCAGAAACGGGGGACUGGCACCCCUCUUGAGGCUCUGCUGCCCCCUGGGCCCUGUGUGCAUGCCAUCUUUAGCUCUUGGUCCCGUUACUGUGUUAAUACUGUGGUCCUUCAAGCUCGUAUUUCAAAGCCUUCUUAAUUGUUUCAGCUUUUACUGAGGGGAAAAACAAUCUGUCAGAAAAUUCUGUGUGCCUGAGAAGAACCUGUCAAAUGUUCUCAUGUUGACGUCGUCCUGACACUACGUAUGUACGACUUAAUACAUUCGCAGCCGCACAGUUUGGCUUGCAAUUUCUCACAUGUGUUUAAAAGGGAAGGCUGAUGUCUAAUAGGUUGUCACCAAGUGUGUUUCUAGACUCUGUGAAGAACAACAUUUUAAUAAAAAUUAAAAAGCCUC